AUGUUCUAUUUUUUCUUUGAAUCACGAAAGAAUACUAGUGAUGACCCAAUUGUGAUAUGGUUAACUGGAGGGCCAGGUUGCAGUAGUCAACUAGCUUUGUUUUAUGAGAACGGUCCAUUUCAUAUUUCCGAUGACUUGUCUCUUGUAUGGAAUAACUAUGGUUGGGACAAGGUAUCAAAUAUUCUUUUUGUUGAUCAACCCAUUGGGACAGGUUUUAGCUACACUGCUGAUGAGAGUGAAAUUCCACAUGAUGAAAUUGGUGUUAGCAAUGAUUUGUACGGCUUCUUGCAGGCAUUUUUCAAGCAGCACUCUAAUUUCGUUAAGAAUGACUUUUAUAUCAUUGGGGAAUCAUAUGCUGGACACUUUGUUCCCGCUCUUGCGUCUCGAGUUCACCAAGGAAAUAAAAACAAGGAAGGAAUUAAUAUAAACCUCAAGGGUUUUGCUAUUGGUAAUGGAUGGACAAACCCAAUAAUUCAGUACCCAGCAUACACACAAUAUGCAUUUGAUAUGAAAUUGAUUACAAAGAAAGAUCAAGAUCAAAUCAACCAAAUGAUCCCAGGCUGUCAGGAUGCCAUAAAAACUUGCCAAAGUAAAGGUGGACAAAGUUGCUCGAUAGCUCAAAAUUCAUGUGACAGCAUAAUGGGCAAAAUUUUGCAAAUUGCUGGCAACAUUAAUUACUAUGACAUCAGAAAGCAAUGUGAUGGGGACCUGUGUUAUGACUUCUCAUAUGUGGAUGAUCUUUUAAAUGAUAAUUCGGUUAAGGAGGCUUUAGGUGUUGGGAAUGUGAAGUUUGUUUCAUGCAGCACAGUAGUGUAUAAUGCUAUGCUUCAAGAUAUGAUGCAAAACCUUGAUGUUGAUAUUCCUACACUUCUUGAAGAUGGAAUCAAAGUUCUUAUAUAUGCAGGGGAACAUGAUCUUACUUGCAAUUGGCUUGGAAAUUUAAAUUGGGUUCAUGCCAUGAAGUGGUCGGGUCAAAACCAAUUUGCGUCAUCCAAAACGCUUCAAUUUUUGGUUGAUGGUGCUCAAGCAGGACUAUUGAAUAGCUAUGGACCUCUCUCUUUUCUAAAGGUGAAUGGGGCUGGACAUAUGGUUCCUAUGGAUCAACCAAAUGCAGCACUUCAAAUGUUGGUAAAUUGGAUGGAUGGAACACUGAACAAGUAG